AUGACUGCUCUUGCGAAGGAUCACGAGAAGAUCGAGGCGAACUGCGAGCCCGAGCAGCAAGCUCCUCUGGAUAAGCUGGACCAAGAUGAUAACACUCAACCAGACGAAGACGAUAACCAAACAGCAACUUCCUUCUCCGCGGAACUGCCGAAAAUUGCCUGGGAAUGGAUCUGCUGGUCCGGUGCCAAGACGUUCGACGGCAUGGACUUUGCAGGUGAAGUGCUCGCGAACUUCCUUGGGCUUACGCAAUCGAAGUACCGGUGGAUCCUCGACGCCCAAGAGCGCGAGGAGGAGGAAACGCAGCAGCGCCGACUGGAAAAGCGACAGCGUCGCCAACUUCGCCUUGAGCAGCUUCUUGAGGCCGAGCAGCGGAAACUACAGGAGCUUGAGACUGGUGCGUUAGAGCAAGACGAGGAGUUAUUGGAGACAUAA